AUGGCCAUAGACGCCGAGGCGGGCGCCCCGCUGCUCCAUGGCAGCAGCAGCUUUGACCUGAAGGCCACCUUUUCAACCUCGCUCGCCGCGCUGCUCGCCGCACUGCUCGGCCUGCUCGCCGUGUUUGGGCAAUUUUCGGAGGAAGCCACACCUGCCCACGUGGACCGCUACUACAGCUUCCUCACAGACGUCCUCGUCAUGAUCUUUCUGGGAUUCGGCGCCCUCAUGACAUUCCUGAAGCGCUACAGCUACUCCGCCAUCGCCCUCAACUACGUGACGUCAUGCUUGGUCAUCCUCGAGGCCCUCCUCCUCAUCGGCUGGACGCAGCAAGGCUUCGGGGUCGUCACGAUUGACCUGCCCCUCAUGAUCGACGCCGCCUUCUGCGCGGGCGCGGCCAUGAUAUCUUUCGGCGCCGUCCUGGGCAAGGCCACCCCCGCGCAGCUUGUGUGGCUGCUGGCGCUGGAGGUCGCCCCCUACGCAGCUACCGCGCAGCUGGUCGCGGGCCGCUGGGAGGCGCUGGACGUCGGCGGGUCCAUCACCAUCCAUGCUUUCGGCGCGCUCUAUGGGCUGGCGGCGUCGGUGUUCUUGUCGCCAAAGGGAGCAGGGGCGGGGCACCCCAAGAACGGGGCCAGCUACGCGUCGGACAUGAGCGCCAUGCUGGGGACGCUCUUCCUGUUCAUUUACUGGCCGUCCUUCAACGGGGCCCUCGCUGCGGGCGAGCAGGGGCUGUGUGUGAUGAACACCGUCAUUGCGCUGCUGGGUGCCUGCUUGGCCGCGUUCGUCGCGUCCUCUGCGUUUGGCAACCAGCUCAACAUGGUGCACAUCCAGAACGCGACUCUGGCUGGCGGCGUUGCUAUUGGGUCCUCCGCCAACCUGCGUCUCCCACCGGCCGCGACCCUGGCUGUUGGCAUUGUUGCUGGUGCACUAUCCACUUUGGGCUACGAGACGAUCUCUCCCGCCCUCGAGAAGUACCUCGGGAUCUCCGACACCUGCGGCGUCGCCAACCUCCACGGCGCUCCUGGCAUCCUUGGAGGCCUUGCCUCUGCUCUGUUUUCCUGGAUUUAUCUGACGCCCGCCAACGCCCCGCUGAUGAUCCAUGGCACGAAGCAGCCGUUGUGGCAGCUGGCCGGGCUCGGGGUGACGCUGGGCGUGGCGAUCGUGUCCGGCCUUGCGGCCGGGUUUGUGGUGUCCAAGGUUGCUGUGAAGAAGCAGGAGGUCGAGGUGGACAACAUGUAUGAUGAUGCCGUGUUUUGGCAUGAGGUUGACGAGGAGUGA